AUGGACGCCGCCUUCGACCUCUUCACCUCCUUCAUCCCGGUGGAUCGGGAAAACAUGACGCACCAGAUGGUUGUCUUCUGGCUUAUCCUCGCUUCUGGCGGCAUCUUCAUGUACCUGCUCUUCGCCUCCAUUUCCUACUUUACGUAUUUUCGUACGCUGAAACGGCAGUUCUUCCCCAAGACGAUCGACCCUGAUGAUACAUGCGAGCUGCAGGAGCAGGUGCGGCAUGAGAUCUGGAUUGCGGUGUGCUCGAUCCCAUUUAUGGCGUUCUUGAUGAUGCCGGCGGCCACCUUCGCGCACCGUGGGUAUAGCAAGAUGUACAAUAACAUCUCCGACUACGGUUGGGGGUACUUCUUGAUCUCCCCCGUGCUGUUCUUUGCCUUCACGGACUUCAUGGUGUACUGUUUCCACCGUGGGCUGCACCACCCGAUGAUCUACAAGCACGUGCACAAGCUCCACCACACGUACAAGUAUACCACGCCCUUCUCGUCGCACGCCUUCAACCCUGUUGACGGCUUUGGUCAGGGUGUCCCGUACUACCUGUUUGUCUACCUGUUCCCCCUUCACAGCACCCUUUUCAUGGUGCUCUUCUUGGCGGUGAACUUUUGGACCAUCUCGAUCCACGACCAGGUGGACUUUGGCGGGCGCUUUAUCAACACGACUGGGCAUCACACCAUACACCACGAGCUGUCCAACUACGACUACGGGCAGUACACAACGGUAUGGGACCGUCUGGGUGGGUCUUACCGCCCUGCCGAGCAGACGCAUCAGCUACUGUCCCUGCUGCACGCUGGUGAUCCCAAGUACAUGGACCCUGUGUACGCGAAGUACCACGAGGAGAAGGGCUUCCUGGCAGGUCGGUUCAGGGAGGAGGCCGCCGCCGCGCGUCGCUUGAGGAAGACCGGUGCGUGA